AAACUUAAUAUACUACAAAAUAUUAUUAAUGGUCUUAAAGAAAUUCAUCAAAAAGGAUUGGUACAUCGUGAUUUUCAUACAGGAAAUAUAUUAUUAAUGACCAGUAAUUUUAGUAAUUAUGACAUAACAUCUAUUUCAGAUAUGGGAUUAUGCGGAGAAGUUAAUAACAUGGAUGAAACAAAAAUUUAUGGAGUUAUGCCUUAUGUAGCUCCUGAAGUAUUAAGAGGAAAGUCUUAUACUCAAGCAGCAGAUAUAUAUAGCUUUGGUAUGAUUAUGUAUUUUGUAGCAACAGGGAAACAACCUUUUGCCAAUCGUUCUCAUGAUAAACUUUUAGCAUUUGAUAUAGUACAUAAGGAAAUUAGACCUGAAAUCAAUGAGUCAGAAGUACCAAAAUGUUAUAUUGAUCUAAUGAAAAAAUGUUGGGAUUCAAAUCCAAUGAAUAGACCAAGUGCUACUGAAAUAGACGAAUUAAUCUCAUCAUUU